AUGCCGCUUCCUCCUGAUGGGAGAAAGCACAGUGAUAACUGGAGAGAGCUCUUCGACAUUUGCUUCACCUCGGUACAGAAACGGGCCAUCCGUACCCUCUGGACCGUCCUGGAUGCCAUCGAUCAGAUGUGGUUACCCGUUAUCCGAACCUGGCGCCUGAACGAGAGGCAUUACGGGGCCCUCACCGGUUUGAACAAGGCUGAGACGGCGGCGAAGCACGGCGAGGCGCAGGUGAAGAUCUGGAGGCGCUCGUACGACAUCCCUCCGCCUCCCAUGCAGUCCGAUCACCCCUUCUACAGCAGCAUCAGCAAGGACCGUCGCUACGCUGACCUGACAGAGGACCAGCUGCCAACGUGCGAGAGCCUGAAGGACACCAUCGCCCGGGCUCUGCCUUUCUGGAAUGAGGAAAUCGUCCCGCAGAUCAAAGAGGGAAAGCGAGUCCUUAUUGCUGCCCACGGCAACAGCCUGCGUGGGAUUGUCAAGCACCUGGAAGGCAUGUCGGAAGAGGCCAUCAUGGAGCUGAACCUGCCCACCGGCAUCCCUAUCGUCUACGAGCUGGACAAGAACCUGAAACCCAUCAAGCCCAUGCAGUUCCUGGGGGAUGAGGAGACGGUGCGCAAGGCCAUGGAGGCCGUCGCUGCUCAGGGCAAGGUCAAGAAAUGAAGGCGGGCAGCAGGCUAGCACGUAGUAGAGCCCCCUGCCGUCCCCCCCCCCUCCAGGCUCCCCU